AUGCGUUUGGAAGUCGUAUUCACGAAACCGACGCAGCAGGAUCGCGUCAUCCCAAUUUCUGACGACGAAUUCAGCCACUUUGAAGACGCGCUCCAAGUCCAGAUCACGUCCACCCUUCACGAAGCCUUGAUCUCGUGGCUCGCCAAACAGCUCAACCUCACGUUUCUCAUCACGUUCCAUGCCAACAACCGUCUUGUCCAUAGGGAGUCACAGACUUGUGCUCAUGCGACCGUAGAGAACGGUAACGCCUCGUUCGCGUCGCCAUUGGAUGAAACGCACCUCCAUCGACUUGAACAGGAUACCGUUGAUGAUCUCGAUUUCAUUACUCUGGAGCUGGGCGAAAGACGAAGAUGGGACCAAAAAAAAUUGAGAAUUGAGACUACGAACCUCGAGAUUUUUGCAAGAAAUACUGCUGGUUCCGUCGCGGUAGAUUCGUUGCUGGUGCUUCGUGACGAUACUAGGAAGGCUUUGUCACCUUCGUCCCCUGAUGCUGCUCGAUGUAGACACGAAACAUUGAGGAAAGUGAUGGCUCCUCGACGUAAAUUUUUGAAGACUCGUGAAAAGAACUUUGAUUCUCUGAUUCCACGUCCAAGGGGGGCCGCCAAACGCGACUUCGCGUUACAGGACGAAAUGCGUCUCCACGGGGAGGAUGCUACAUACAAUUCAAUACAGGCGAGUGAGCUACCGUCACGGAGUACCUUCGUCCAUUCAUAUCAGCGCAUCAUUUCAUCACCGUUGGUCUUGGCUUCUAUAACCAAGAAGGCCAUGUCGCGAAUACCGUAUCUCGCCAAGUUCGAGCACGGCUGGCCCGUGAAAGAGCUUAUCCAGCAAUAUUUGCAAAACCAUUGCGACUAUGUGAAACGGAAGGGACGCGACAAAUCGAAACCAAAGUCACGGAAGGCAGCGGCAGGUCGCACAAAACAACCUGUUCCCGCAGACUUUGGCGAGUCGCAAGAGAGUGGUGAAAAUACUGAGGACGCCAGAAAGUGCCAACCAGAGGGAAACACCAUCGUGCCAUACCCAUCGUCAAACACGUCGCAUUCCGAGUCGACGGAAUCUGACCUUGACGACUCGUCGAGCUUUCUACAUGAGACCGAAUCAUCUCAAGAUAUCUCGCACUGGCAGGCUCAGGAUGCUUCAGAACACUCGCCAAACGAGGAAGAAUUUCGUGCGACUUCUCCGGUAUCUGAGCUGACCAUGGAGGAAAUCCAGGCUGAAUGGAAGCCAGUGUUCAGAAAGCGUGCCCGAGACUGGUGA